AUGACCACAUGGCGAUUUUUCGGGGCAAAACAUCCAAAUUCCGUCAUAUCUGAUCGUAGCGUUAUUUUUGUAAAAUUAUUGCAACUUUUGUUUUUUUUAAAAAUGUCGGAGAUCAAAUCUACAAGGACUACUGCUUUUGGGGAGGCAUUUGACAUAUUUUGCCAACAAGUUUCGAAAACCAGUAGUAGAGGUUCACAACCCCAAACAAGCCAAAGAAAUGGUCAUAAAGUGAUGGUUUCGGACUUCCAAGAGUUUGAAAACAAAUUUCUUUUUUGCUUCUUCCUAACUUUAAAAUUAAAGUAUCAAGUGAAAGUGAAAGCCAAUAAUGCAAAAAUAGCUUUUAUGGCUUUUAGCGCUAAGAUAAGAUCAUUUGACUGUGUGAAAAAUCUUACUUCAGAAAAAGAACAUCAUUUAAAGGCAAAGUGGUUCAACUCCAAUACUGACAGUCCAUUGCCACACCGUGUUAGUUACGAAAUAGCCUGGGGGACAGCUGAAAUGCCUACUAAAAUAUGUAUGUGUAUAUAUGUUUUCAAAGUGUUUUUAAGCAUCAGAACUUCUUUCCCUUUUAUUUGCUCACCACCUCACAACUUCACUUUGUUCACGAAGAUGCAAGAUGUCACCUUGACACACCCUGAGUACAUAUUAUUUGAAAACUUUAUUUACGUAAAUCGUAAAACAGGAACCGACUGCUUUAAGCUUCUAACCAGUAUUAGAAACUUCGCUCUACUAAACGUGAAUUACUUGUCUAAUGUGUUUACAUUAUGUAUAAAAAUCGCACAGAUAAAAGAAAAACAUUUUUAUUCCUCUUUUUGUGCCUAUGAUCAUCAGAAACAAAUAUGCAAUUACAAUUUAAAGGAGUCUGUUUUGUUUAAUUUAGCGAUUUGUUCACCUAUUCAUGUUCAUUUUAUUAUGGUGGCGGGUAGAGUACUUUGA